AUUUGAAAAAUUUUUAGUUCCGUUUAUUUGAAUUAAUUUGUAAUUUAUUUUAUAUGUGGUUCAUAGAAAUACACUUUAGUGAUUAUAACAUGAAUAGUAUUAAUUAUUUAAUGAAAUAUUAGCAAGAACAAUAUUAAAUAUAAUUAAUGUUGUUGGUUAACCUCAAACAAUUAUUGUGUGAAUUAUAUUUUUCAUAAUAUUGACUAUGUUGUAAAAAGUAUUUAGAAUGGCUAAUAAAGCAGAUAAUAGACAUAAUAUUUCUGAUGAAAUGGAAGUGGAUUUUGUAAAUAAUGAACGUGAUAGUGAUGAAGAAGGGGGUAUAAGAAUAGAUGAUGAUAUUUACAUUCCACCACCGCCAAGUAAGAUCAAUGAAUUAGAUGUAAAUGGACCUAGACUUAUGAUUACAAAAAUAGUUAAUGAAAACUUUAAAAGUUAUGCUGGCACACAAGUUAUUGGUCCUUUUCACAAGUGUUUUUCUGCAAUUGUGGGACCAAAUGGAAGUGGUAAAAGUAACGUCAUUGAUUCAAUGCUUUUUGUAUUUGGUUAUAAAGCAAGUAAGAUACGCUCAAAAAAAAUAUCAGUUUUAAUACACAAUUCGAAUCAGUAUAGUAACUGCAGAAGCUGUAGAGUUUCUGUACAUUUCCAGCAUAUAAUAGAUAAGGAGGGUGAUGAUUAUGAAGUGGUACCGAAUAGUGAAUUUGUCAUAUCUAGAACAGCAUUUAAGGAUAAUACAUCAUAUUAUGAAUUAAACAAGAAGAAAGUACAAUUUAAAGAGAUAUCUAAACUUUUAAGAUCUCAUGGCGUUGAUUUAGAUCACAAUCGAUUUCUAAUUUUACAGGGUGAAGUAGAACAAAUAGCAAUGAUGAAACCAAAAACUGGAAAUGAUAAUGAAACUGGUAUGUUAGAAUUUUUAGAAGAUAUUAUUGGUACAGUGCGUUUUAAAGAACCUCUCGAAAAGUUGUCUGAGAAGAUUGAGGUAUUAACAGAAUAUAGAGUUGAAAAAAUGAAUCGUCUUCGAAUUGUUGAAAAGGAAAAGGCUGCUUUAGAAGAACCUAUGCAAGAUGCAAUUAAUUAUUUGAGAAUGGAGAAUGGUAUAAUAAAAUUACAACAUCAGUUGUAUAAUUGUAAACGUGUUAAGAAAGAAAGCGAAGUUAAUUCAAAAGAAGAAGCAACGAAUGAAGUAAAAACAGAUCUUCAAAAUCUUCAAAAUGAAUUGGAAAUUGUUCAACAAAAAAAAGAUGAAAAAGAAAAGUUACUCCGAGAAAAAAAUAAAAAAUGGAACAAAUUACAAUCUACUAAGGAUGAUAUUGACGCUCAAUUUGAAGAAAUAAGAAAAAAGGAUGAAUAUUUAUAUGCAGAAAUGGUAGAGACAAACAAAAGAAGAAAAGAGAAUAACAAAUCGGUGAAAACUGAAAAAGAAAAAUUAGAAGAAUUGCAAGCAGUACCUAAAAAAAAUUCAAGCACAAUAGAAGAGUAUGAAAAACAUAUACAGAAAAAUAUCCAAUUAAGAGAAAAAGAGGAAGCUGCAUUGGCUACUAUAAUGAGUGGUUUGCGUGAAAAAACGGAGCCAUUGCUUAAUGAACGAUCUCAAUUAGAGAAUCAUUUAAUAUCUCUUAGAAAAGAUGUUAACGAAGCAAAGAGUACAUUUGAUAUUGAAAAUUCUAAAUUACAAUUAUAUACAUCUAUUGAACAAACGGAGAGAGAAAAAUUGAAUAAUAUAGAAGAAACUUUGAAAACUACUGUCAGUACGAUCAAACAAAGAACUGAACAAAUUAUUUCUUUAAAUAAAAAAAUUCCUGCUACUCAGAAAAGUUUGGAUCAAGCACAAAAUGAAUUUAAAGAAACAAAGGAUCGUGAAAUUCAGAUGACUUCAAAGCUGAAGAAUUUGAGAAUUUCUUUCGAAGAAAAAAAAUGUGCUAUGCAAGCAAGUAAAUCUAGAAAUAAAAUUUUAAAUUCACUUAUGAGAGAAAAAACGGAAGGAAGGAUUCCUGGUAUUUUUGGUAGAUUGGGUGAUCUUGGUGCAAUAGAUGCUAAGUACGAUAUAGCAAUUUCAACUGCUUGCGGUCCAUUGGAUAACAUAGUAGUGGAUACAGUUAGUACUGCUCAAGAAUGCAUUACUUUUCUUCGUCAAAAUAAUAUAGGUCGUGCAACAUUUAUACCUCUAGAAAAACAACAGCAUUUGCUUGCAAAAUGUAAACAAAAAAUAAAUACACCAAGAAAUGUUCCUCGAUUAAUUGACUUAAUACGUGUUGAGAAUGAAAAUAUAUUACCAGCAUUUUAUUAUGGCUUACAUGAUACUUUAGUAGCAGAUAAUUUAAAUCAAGCAACACAAAUUGCAUAUGGACCCAAACGUUAUAGGGUGGUUACCUUGAAAGGAGAGUUAAUUGAAUUGUCAGGUACUAUGAGUGGUGGUGGGUCUACUGUAUUUAGAGGACGUAUGGGCCAAAAAGUAGUUAGCUAUGAACCUUCCGCUGCUGACAUUGAUAAAUUACAAAAUAAUCUUGAUAAAGUAUACGAAGAAUGUAACGAAUUAAGAAAUAAAAAGCAAACCUUGGAAAAUCAAAUACAUACUCUUUCAAAUUCGUUAAAAGAUAUGACAGUAGAUCGAAAUAAAUUUAAUAUCGAGGUACAAACUCUUAAAGAACAAGAAUCAUUAUUAGAAGUACAGUUUGAGAAUCAAAAGAAAAAAGUUGCAGAAUCAGUAUGUGAUUCUAAAGAGGUACAAAAGAUGAAGAAAAUUAUAGAUAGUGCCCAAAAGAAAUUGGAUGUGGUUCAAGAAAAAUCAACGGUCGUUGAAAAUAAAGUUUCUGAUAUCAAUAAGAAGAUUGAAGAAAUAUCUGGUGGACGUGUAAGGGAGAAACAACAAAAAAUAUCAAGUUUAAAUAAAUUAAUAGAAAAUACAAAAGCUGAAAUCUGUAAAUUACAAGUGGCCAUUACAACGGCUGAACGAAAUUAUAAAAAAGUGACAAAGCGUAUAGAAGUUCUCGAAAGUGAUAUACACGCUGGAGAAGAAAAAUUACGUACAAUGCAAGCAGAAAAAAAUGAUUUAGAAGAAAAAGGAAAAGUUUUAUUAGAAAAAUUGAACGAAGUUAAAGAAUUAUUGGUAGAACGGGACGAAGCUACGACAUCUAUAAAAAAAGAAUUGGAAGAAAUACAAACCCGUGAAAAUAAUAUGAAAGCUAUGAAAAUAGAUUUAGAUCAGAAAAUUAAAAUCAAUAAGAGAGAUUUAGAGUCAAUCAAAGCAAGACUUCAUGAAUAUAUACAAAAACUAAAAUCUUUGAAACUUAAUAUAAUUCCAGGAGAACAAGCUGAGGUAUUGAAAGAAUUUUCAGACGAAGAAAUAAAUGAAUUUAAUGAAAAAGUUCUAUCUGAGAAAUUGGAUAAAGCUAUGCAACAUUUACCAAAAGAAACUCCCAAUAUGCAAAUUAUUGCUGAUUAUGAAGAAAAGGAUAAAGUUUAUUUGAAAAGAGUUGCAGAUCUUGAAUCGAUAACAACAGAAAGAAAUAAUUUGCGAGAUAUUUAUGAAAAAACACGCCGACAAAGAAUAAGUGAAUUUCUUACUGGUUUCACAUUGAUAACGAAUAAAUUAAAAGAAAUGUAUCAAAUGAUUACUUUGGGAGGUGACGCUGAACUUGAAUUAGUUGAUUCAUUGGAUCCAUUUAGCGAAGGUAUAGUUUUCAGUGUGAGACCACCAAAAAAAUCUUGGAAAAAUAUUAGUAACCUUAGUGGCGGUGAAAAAACAUUGAGUUCUUUGUCUUUGGUAUUUGCAUUACAUCAUUAUAAACCUACGCCAUUAUAUUUUAUGGAUGAAAUAGAUGCAGCCCUAGAUUUCAAAAAUGUUUCCAUUGUUGGUCAAUACAUAAAAGAAAGAACAAAGAAUGCUCAAUUUAUAAUUAUAUCACUGCGCUCGAAUAUGUUCGAACUUGCAGAUUAUCUUGUGGGAAUAUUUAAAAAGAAUAAUUGUACGAAAAGUGUAAGACUUAAUUUGGGUAAAUAUUAUGUCAAUAAUGGAAUUUCACCACCAACGCAAAUUACUCUGUCUAGAAAUUCUUAUACCCAAACACAGUCGCAAAAUACGCAGUCAAAUAAUUUACAAAAUGAAAUAAUGAAUAAGGAUAAAGAUGGACAUUCAAAUGGAACGGAUUUCAAUAACUUAUUUGGAUUACAAAAUUUGAGUUUGUCUGAAACUCAAAAUAAAUCUUAUAAUUCUAAUCAAGACACUGAUGAUAGUGAAGAAACAAAUGCAAACAAAGAGCCAGCAAGAAAGAGAAGAAAAUUAUAGAAGUUCUUUAAUAAGAUUAUUAUAUUAAGACGAAGGUAUGUUUUUUGUAAGAACAUAUCUUAUGUAAAAAAAAAAAAAGAUACACUGUGUGCAAUGCGGAUAAAUAAUUAUUUGAAUAUGCAUUG